AUGGAGAAUCUUCAGUAUUAUCUAAUAGGAAAGAAGUUUAAGCUAAUUACUGACCACAAGGCUAUAGAAUUUAUAUCUACCAAACUUCAAUUUGGCUCAGUGCGUGUGCAAAGAUGGUUCUAUCGUUUUGCAGGAUUUAAUUUUGAAGUCGAGUAUAUCAAGGGUGAAGAACUGGUGGUUGCAGAUGCAUUAAGCAGAAGUCACGAUGGAAGUGUCUACCUGGUGCAAUCAAAUGAAAAAGAAAAUGAGGAACAAAAAAAUGCGACAAUAAACCUUCAUGUUAAACUAAACCACCGGAAGAAGAUCAAAAAGGAUCUAAUGAGGAAAGGAAUUAAUGAUAUUAUUUCAAGUUGCUAG